AUGGAGACCAGCCCGGAGAGCCCCAACCGGGCCGUGGAGUACCUCCUGGAGCUCAACAACAUCAUCGAGAGCCAGGCCAAGCUGCUGGAGACCCAGCGGCGGCGCAUCGAGGAGCUGGAGGGCCAGCUGGACCGGGUCAACCAGGAGAACCAGGACCUGAGGCACGAUUGCAGCCCGCGGACGCCCGGCUCGGACAACCCCGAGCAGAACCACAACCACAGCCAGCCCCCGUCCGUCCCCGUCCACCAUGGCGGGGUCGGCGGCGGCGGGAACAGUGGCGGCCCGACGGCUCCGGCGACCGUCGCGUCGCCCGCGACCUCGGGGCCGGGAAGGGAGAGGCGGAGCCACACCCGGCUGACCCGGGGUCUCUCCUGCAGCUCCUCCAACGCCGAGCGAGACCGGCUGGAACGCACCGACAGCACGGACACCAACACCAGCUCCACCCUGCGGAGAAAUGUGGACGGGGACGCGCAGUGUACAGAGACGGCCACUCACAAAGACAUCCAGACGCCAUUCAGCCAGAAGCCUUACCUGCGCGGCUCAGAGCGCUACACUGACAGCAGGACCAGCAGCGCGCCCGCCGGAUCCAGGGCCCCUCCAUGCGUGUCCGCCCCCAGCUCAGCCAGCCUGGCCUGGGCCCUGCGAACACGCCACCAGCCUGCCAGCCUGGCCCUCCGCAAGCAAGAGGAAGAGGAGAACAAGAGAUGCAAGGCCCUCUCGGACAGCUAUGAGCUCUCAACGGAUCUGCAGGAUAAGAAGGUGGAGAUGCUGGAGAGAAAGUACGGCGGCUCCUUUGUAAGUCGCCGAGCCGCCAGGACCAUUCAGACGGCCUUCAGGCAGUACCGGAUGAACAAGAACUUUGAGCGCCUCCGGACCUCCGCGUCAGAGAGCCGCAUGACGCGGCGCAUCAUCCUGUCCAACAUGAGACUGCAGUAUUCCUUCGACGAGCGACAGCCUCAGCAGCAGGCCCAGACGCAGACCAACUUCACCCACACCGUGGCCAUAGGGCCUCCUCACUCGCCCGACCCGGACCGCCCGGGGGACUACACGCACUUGGAGGACUCCUUCUCCAAACAGGUCAAGUCCUUAGCCGACUCCAUAGACGACGCCCUUACCUGUCGCGCGGGUCGCGAUGACUCCCAGGAGGGCAGCAGGGAGGGCGGCGGCAUCAGUGAAGACUUUGGGGAGUGCGUGUGGAGCAGCAGCAGCAACCCUUCCUCCCAGAGAGGUUUGGGAGAGCGGGCGAGGGGAGCAGGGGGGGGACUCAGCAUGCACGGCGACAGCACGGCCACCUCCUACAGCGACGUCACCCUCUACAUGGACGACGGCAUGCCGACGUCCCCGCUGUCCCUGGACCGGGCGCCCAGCAGCACGGACACCGAGUACUGGGGCCCCGGCGGUGGUGUCGGAGGCCGUGAAGACAGCCGGGACACCGAGGGAGGGGGUAGCAGCAACAGUCGACGCAGCACCCCGUGCACCGAGUGCAGGGACUACCGUCUGCGGGGCGCUCAUCUGCCUCUCCUCACCAUCGAGCCGCCCAGCGACAGCUCCGUGGACACCAGCGACCGCUCAGAUCGGGGCUCGCUGACCCGACAGCUGGUCUACGAGCAGGAGCCCGGGGUGGGGGCUUGCUCCCCCCAGGGGACCCUCAAGAACUCCCCCUCCACGGGCACCCGCCCUUCCUCCACGGCGGCUGCCCAGGGCCAGACCCGAGCCCCGGCCAGACCCAUGCCCACACACAUCCCCCACCAAGUGGCGGCGCACCACCACCACCACCACCACCCAAUCCACCACCACCAGUACCCCGACACGCAGUCGUCGUCCUCCUCCCCCCAGCAGCCCCCCACCACCCCUCUGUCCUCCUCCUCCUCCACCGCGCUGCCUCCCGGCGGCCUGGAGCAGCCGUGCUGCUCGGACGGCGACAACGACUCGCUCAACUCCACCACCAACUCCAACGAGACGGUCAACUGCAGCUCGGGCUCCUCGUCCCAGGACAGCCUGCGGGAGCCUCUGCCGCCUCUGGGAAAGCAGACCUACCAGAGAGAAAGCCGCCACAGCUGGGACUCCCCGCCCUUCAACAGCGACGUGGUGCAGAGACGCCAGUACCGCAUAGGUCUCAACCUCUUCAACAAGAAGCCGGAGAAAGGGAUCCAGUACCUGAUAGAGAGAGGUUUCGUUUCGGACACUCCAGUUGGGAUCGCUCGCUUCAUCCUGGAGAGGAAGGGCCUCAGCAGGCAGAUGAUCGGAGAGUUCCUGGGAAACCGACAGAAACAAUUCAACAAAGAUGUUUUAGACUGUGUGGUGGAUGAGAUGGACUUCUCCGGAAUGGACCUGGACGAUGCUCUCAGGAAGUUCCAGGCUCAGAUUAAAGUUCAAGGAGAAGCCCAGAAGGUGGAGCGGCUCAUAGAAGCUUUUAGCCAGAGAUACUGUGUCUGUAAUCCAAUUCUGAUACGCCAGUUCCAGAACCCAGACACCAUCUUCAUUUUAGCCUUCGCCAUCAUCCUCCUCAACACAGACAUGUACAGCCCCAACGUCAAAGCUGAGAGGAAGAUGAAACUAGAGGACUUCAUCAAGAAUUUGAGAGGCGUAGACAAUGGUCAGGAUAUACCCAGGGACCUGCUGGUUGGGAUCUAUCAGCGGAUACAGAAGUGGGAGCUACGGACCAACGAUGACCACGUGUCCCAAGUGCAAGCAGUGGAGAGAGUCAUUGUGGGCAAGAAGCCUGUGCUGUCCCUUCCACAUCGUAGGCUGGUGUGUUGCUGCCAGCUGUAUGAGGUCCCCGACCCCAACCGGCCGCAGAGGACCGGAGUGCACCAACGGGAGGUUUUCCUCUUUAACGACCUUCUGGUGGUGACCAAGAUCUUCCAGAAGAAGAAAACCUCAGUGACUUAUAGUUUCAGACAAUCGUUCCCUUUGGUGGAGAUGCAAGUCCACAUGUUCCAGAACUCGUACUACCCUCACGGCAUCCGCCUGACAUCAGCAGUCCUGGGGGGGGAGAGGAAGGUUCUUAUCAUCUUUAUGGCACCCAGUCAGCAAGACCGCACCCGCUUUGUUAGCGACCUCAGGGAGAGUAUUGCUGAAGUGCAAGAGAUGGAGAAAUACAGAGUGGAAUCGGAGCUGGAGAAACAGAAAGGUGUGAUGCGGCCUAGCCUGCUCACCGGAAGCGUGGUUGGAGGCAUGGGCGUGAAGAGCGACGUCGUGAACGGCACCCUGGGAAGGACAAGUUUUGAUGACAACUGCUCGAUGGGUGAGGGUCUGAAACGCACGGCGCUCAGCUCGUCUCUCAGGGACCUGUCGGAUGCAGGGAAACGUGGUCGCAGGAACAGUGUUGGUUCUCUGGACAGUACCAUGGAAGGAUCCAUCAUUAGCAGCCCGCAGCCUCACCAGCGCUACCCACUGCCAGGCGUGUUGCCCGGCUGCUACGCAACAGAAGACUUCCGGCCUCAUCGCCCCAUCCUGAGCCCCGGAUCGGGGGUGGGGGGUGGGCCGGGGCAGCAACACACCACUGCUGGGACAGGAGUUGGGGGAGUCUCCAGCAGUGCAGAGAGAGCAGGAGCGGGGAGCGGGCCUGGGGGGAGCAGCAGCAGCAACAACAACAGCGGCUCCUUCCUGGGCUCCCUAUUCGGCAGCAAACGUGCCAAACCACCAGGGCCCCUUAUUCCACCGGGUCCACCAUACCCCGCACCUGUACCCCCACCGACUACAGGAGGGCCCCCUCCUCACUCCCCUUCAUCGCUGUGCCAGCUGGACGGGGGGCCCUCCAAGAUCCAGGCGUUGCACGCACAGUACUGUCACGUGGGCACCGUGCAGCCCCCACCACCUUACUACCAUCACCAUCGCUACCACGUCCAAACUGUCCCGCCUCCUUUGCAAGGCGUCCCCCCCCAUUCUAUCCAGAGAGGCCCUCUACCCUGUCGUCUACCGCUUGGCGCCCCGCACGUCCAGCACCCGCAGCUGGCCCAUCUCUCCCAGCUCUCCCAGCAUGGGCUUCCGGUUCGUUACGCCAACAUGGUGGUGGGGUGUCCCCCCCCCCUUUCUCCUCUCUCCCAACAUUCCCAGAACCCACAGUUUGCCCUGUACCACGCGCAGCCUACACACUCUAUCAGAGGGGGCGGCGUCCCUGGCCCCAAACUCCCACUAAGCAUGUCUCACUCCCACCCGCACCCCCACGCACACUCCCAAACCCACCCCGGACACGUGCACACCCCACACCCAGCCAGCCACUCCACCCAUCAAACACACUUCAUAUUCGGCACUCUGCCCCACAACCUGCCGUCCGCCUCCGUCAAUGCGCAUCACGCAGCUUCCGCCGGCCCGUAUCUGCCCCAGUACCCUCCUCUUUCGUCUAUCCCCCCUCCCCCACCACAUUCCCCUUUACCCCCCCCUUCGUCCCCCCUUACCCCUCUUACACCUCUCUCCCCUCCCCCCCCAGCACCCCGGGCAGCCUCAGCAGGGGCCGCAGGUGACGGGGGCUGGAGCGACAGGUACAGGGGGCAGCUCCAAGUCCAAGCCUAUCAACCGGAUAAGCACCGUGGUGUGAGCAGGAUGUGGGGCCCCAGGGGUCAGAGGUCAGAUCACAGGGUGGAGGAGGUUGGCAGAGCCAGGCCCAGGAGCAAGUCUGCCAGGACGGAAAGUAACAGCAGCAGCGCUGGCGACAAGAGUAAACGCAGCUUGCUUCGUCUCUGUUACUUUCACCUCCGCUUCCCACACAUGUAGGUGGCAACAUCGAGCGCAGCGACACACAGAAACACAGACACACACAAAUGAAUAAACACUAAAUAUAGAAAAAAGUCUAUAGCCAUAUAAUUUAAGAUAAAACUAAAUCUAUAUCUAGAUAUAUCGCCUCGGUUUUAAUUGUCUAGUUGAGGCUGUAUGAGAUUAUUUACAUGUACAGUACUAGGAUGUGAUAAUGUGAUGCAGAGAUCAAAUAUAUCCGGCUGCUUACAUGAGGAUGUAAAUAAAAACAAAUGCACCGAAUGCAUUCCAGCGGAGUUUGUCAUUAAAAACAGCAGAGAAUUGCAAAAAGAAAUGUCCCUCGACUUUGCAAUAAUUUACUUGGCUUCAGGCGUCUCUGUCCACUUUUGCAGGUUACGCUUUGCUGACAGGCUCCUUUUUUUUUCUCAAAAAGACCUCAGAUCUGUUGCUUUUGUCUUGAAUUUCUAAAAACCAACGCACGGUUUCCUGACAGUCUUUUGCUUUAUGGUCUUUUACAUGUCAGGAGCCACUUGGCUUUUUAAUGCAUUCCUUGUGGGGUAUUGGGAAAUUAAUGAUACAAUCAAUAAUAUAUUUUGAAUGUUUCUGAAGCUUCUUGCUGUUUUAUCGAUACUAUAAUAUACCUGCUAUGAGUAUGAUGUAUAUUGUACAAUAUUUGUUUUGAUCAGUGAUUAAUUAUAUCAGCAGAUGUUUAUACAUGGUUAUAGAGAGUAUAUAUGCACAUAUAAUUCCCCUCAGUAUGCCAAAACCUGCAGAGGGUGUUACGAUAUGUGAAGUGUAAUUUAUUUCCAUUGUACCAUUAAAAUUCAUAUUUUUUUCGUCCAGUAUGGGUUGUAAGAAAUUGAAUGAGGUUUAGUUUUGUUCAAAUUGAAUUUGAACACGUUGCUCCAUUUCUGUUUUGUUUAACGUGAGCAAACAAGGGGCGUACUUUCUGACAUGGGGUGACGAGCAGAACUUGAAUUUAAAGAAUGGAUCAGAGUUCAUGUUUCUUUUUCUAUAUUUAUUAAUGACGUUCCGAAAAUUGGAAAGAGGCUUGAAUACGGUUGUGUAAAUUGAAAGAAACCUUUUGGACAAUGUCAUCCCCUCACGAUUAUAAAGGGCAUCUAUACUCACUUCCUCGCAGUCAUCAGAUUUAGUCAUUUUGUGUUUGUCGGGAUGUUUUGUGGUUUUGCACACGUGAUGUCUUAAGUCAGAAAUGGCCUUCUUCUUAUCCUCCCUCUUCUGCCACUUUUAGAAAUAUCUUGUUACAUUUUCUGAUGCCAUGGCAUCCUGCAGAGGGCUUCUUGUUUAAAAUGGUAACAAGUUCGAGAAUGUAAAAAUAGCCUACAGAUACAUAAUGUAUUUCCCCUUCUGUAAGUGUUACCCCUUCUGCUUCUGCAAUUUUUUGAAGAUAAAAUGAGCACUGAUGUCAUUUACCUUUAGUGCCAUUGAUUUCCAAGGAAAAACUACACUUAACACGAUUUGAAUGGGACACGAUGAGAACAAACUAUUAAAAUAAAUGGCAAAGUUUAAAAUCCUCAACAAAAGGAUUUGUAAGGAGGUUUGGAGACGGUCAAGAAUGUCAAAUGAAGAUUUUAUAAGUAUUUGUUGGCUGGCCUUUUCUUUUUAUUGUGUCCUUUUAUGACUCGUCUUGCAUGAAUAUACCUGCCCUUAUUGAAUAGAUUGUAUUGUAUAAAUCUGAAUGUAUAUACAAUAGGCUUCUAUACAUAUGCUUCUUAUCAUAAUUAUGGGAUGAACUACUCCCAUUCUGUAUUCAGGUGCGUGCAUGUCAGUGCCACUAAGACUGUACAUAAGAGGCGCGCGGAUAUGAGACGUUGGCCACAGGGAAUGUUGACUUAUUUUUAUUUCUGACCGAGGGUGAGAGAAUGAGUUACCAUUAUACAAAUUAAAGGCUAAAAGAAAUGUAUAUGUUGGUGCAGUUAUUGAUUUUAAAACAAAUUUUCUUUUUAUUCCUUUGUGUAUGUAUUAUGUGUACUGAAAGAGUAGAGAAUUGAGAUGUGAAUAUUUAUUGCUUCUGAUGAAUUAAAGUGUCCUUGUAGUGAA